AUGCCAGAGGCCAGGACCUCCCGCCAGGACCCCAUGCCGUGGAAGAAGAAGCAGCCGGUGCGCCGCACGGUCAGCCAGAUCUGCCCGCCCCCGCGGCGGCCCCUGACCAUGGCCGAUAUCCGGCCGGGCAUGGAGAACGAGAGGCUGGGGGUCGUGCGCGACUCCAUGUUUCAGAACCCGCUCAUCGUCAAGGUGAGCGGCCCCCGCACAGUAAACACCAGCUAUAAGGUAGCAUUUGGCUCCUCCACAGAGCAGGAUGUUACUCCUGUCCUUGUUGGACACCACAUCAAAGUGGGCUCAGAGGCUGAACUUGGCAAGCCCCGGGAAAGAAGCUGCAGUCUCCCCGGCAUUGAUUUCAACUAUGGACUCUACAUCCGGGGGCUGGAUGGAGGUGUCCCUGAAGCCAUCGGACACUGGAACGUGUUAAAGCAGCAGCCCACCUGCCCCCAUGAGCUGACCCGGAACUACAUUGCGAUGAACCGCGGGGCUGUGAAGGCUGGCCUGGUGACUGCUCGGGAGAAUUUCCUCUACUGUCAGCUCAACGACGUCCGCAUCAGUGAUGAGGACGACAGACGCCUGAAGAAGGAGCCACCCUCCGUCCCUCCCAACAUGACAUUUGGGAUCCGGGCACGGCCUUCCACGCCCUUCUUUGACCUGCUGCAGCACCGGUACCAGCAGCUGUGGGUCCAGGAACAAAAGGCCACCCAGAAAGCCAUUAAACUGGAGAAAAAGCAAAAGGUGGUCCUUGGGAAGCUCUAUGAGACCCGGAGCAGUCAGCUGAGGAAGUAUAAGCCGCCCGUGAAGCUGACCGCCCUCUGGCACAUGCCUCACUUCCAGAAGGUGGGCCGGCACCUCGAUACGUUCCCCACAGAGGCAGAUCGCCAGAGGGCAUUCAAAGCCCACCGGGAGGAGCAUGCCGUCCGCCAGGGCACACUGCGGAUGGGCAACUACACCCACCCCUAGACACUCAGCUGUCAGGAGAAGCCUUCUCAACGCAGUAGAAAAUUCCCUGAAGGACUUAAUUUUCUUGGCCCAACUCCUACACCAUGCUGUGUUUAUGCAGGUGCUGCUGCUAUAAGGACCCGAGUCGGGUCCUAGGUUCAUUAUUUUGGUAAGAGUUCCCCCUUUUUAGGUUAGCCUACUCUAGUCUUACCAUAGCCCCGGUGACCCUCCCUGCAGACUCCUCCUCCUCUUACUCCUCAGGCAGGCUCCCCCUUGCCUCUUUUCUCAAGGCCACAGCUGACAAGAUAAACCCAAAUUACAAGGCAGUUCUUUAGACUCCAAGCUAAGGGUCGACUCUAUGGCUCUGCCCAUUAAGUGUUAAGAACAACCUGUGUAUUUCCUGCAGAAAGUGUGACAGUGACAUGCUUUGAAAGCCCUCAUUUUAUAUUCCAAACACGAGCUUUAAUUGCUCUUUUUGGGAUGCCUCACGUCUCAUCACAACAGUGUUAUCUCUCUGGGACCCCUGACAGCAGGAAGAACCCGUGGUUCAUUACUUGGGCCGGGCCAUCCCACUUCCUCAGUGCAGUGGCCCUGUCAAUCAGGAGGCCGAGGCGGACCCUCUACCAAGACAGACUCUGGCUGCUCAGCAUCCCCCAGGGGGAGGGCAUCAGGGCGAGCGGGCAGGCUAGAGGCCACGGCCUGCAGAGCUCCUUGCCCGACUCCCGGCCUCCUUCCCUCGUCUUCCUGUAUGUUC